AUGCAACUUGAUCCUGAAGCACACCGCACCCGGCAGAGCAGUCAGGACUAUCUGGGGGCAAUUGAGAAUGUCCCCCCGGCAGCUGUUCCUCCCGUUCGGCCGGUGGAGGUACAAAUUACCGAUUCAGAGGAGCUCGAAGGCGCGGGUGCUAACCUGGGUGGUGCGGAAUCCCCCCUGUUGAACCCGGCUUUCCCUCACGUUGAGGAAGAUGAUUAUAGCAUGAUCGAUAUUCCUGCAGAGGAUUCGGAUUACGAGGAGGGAAAGCACGGAUAA